UGUGGUCAGUUUUUUGAGCGCAAGGAAAACUGCAAGGCGCACAUCCAGACCCACCUCGACGACCGGCAGUACAAGUGCCCCUACCAGUUCUGCAGCAAGCUCUUUGUCCGGUCGCACGACCUGCGCCGCCACCUGCGCACCCACGACGUCCACAAGAAGUGGGUGUGCCCCUGUGGCCGCGACUUCAGCCGCGCGGACGCCCUCCAUCGGCACCAA